UCACAUGCUUUGCGUAUUUUAAAAAAAUCAUGGCCGCAUAGAAAUUAAAAAUUCUACAUUUAAAAAGUGAUUGCGAAACCGAUUGGCAUAGAAACAAAAAUAACAAAAAAUUUUAACAAAAUAAAAUUUAACGGCUUUUUACUCGAAAAAUAAUUGAAUACUGCGAAAAAUAAAUGAUGUUCUCCGACGAAGAUAUCAAAGGAAUACCCGAAAAUAGUUUCAUGAGACCAGGCGACGAAAUAAUAAGCAUCCGCGAAGUGUGUCUCAGUGACAAGUUUGACAGGAAGGAUUUGGGGUUUCACAUCGAGCCGCUGUUAUCGACUUCGGCACGAAAUGAUCUGGACGUCUCUCGGUCGUUGUUCCGAGACGGCUUCUUCCCCGAAGGUUUGGAGCAGCAGCAGGCCAGGUUCGCCUGGACCGAGGAGGACGGCAAUAUCGCCUCCCUGGUCUCCGAGCCAGGGUUCGGAACUACAGGGCAGACCACGUUCGGCAAGGAUCUGGAUGCUGAGCUUAAAAGUGAGAUGAAGGAGGCGGACACGUCCACAUCAGCUUACCAUCCGCCCAAUCGGAACGGAAUCACAUUUGAAACAAAACCUUAUGUUGAUUCGCAAUUGGUUUCAUCUACAUCCACGGGAAACGCUCUAGAUCGGCCCAAAAGCAACGGUGCAUGCAAAGUGGACAAAACAGACCCACGUUCCAGGGUCCAUUACGUGAAAUAUAUCAAGAGACAUGGAAGAAGUGUCAAAUUGUGGGAAUGCGGAAUAUGUAGCCGUGAGUUCCAGCAUCAGUAUACAUUGAUGCGUCACCUGCCCACGCAUACCGACGAGCGCAACUUCCAUUGCGCCGCUUGCGGGAAGAGUUUCCGCCAGCUCUCGACCCUGAGCCAGCAUCGCGCCAUACACUCCGUCGAGAGACCGUACGCUUGCGAGGUUUGCAACAAAACGUUCAACCGAGUAUCGACUCUGAUCUCGCACCGCAAGACCCACUCCAACGAGAAACCUUACCGCUGUCACAUCUGCCCCAAGGGAUUCCACCAGAAAGGAAACUUACGUAAUCAUCUGUUCACGCACACGAACGAGCGUCCGUACCGCUGCAACAUCUGCUUGAAGGGCUUCAACCAGCAGUCGAACCUUGUGUGCCAUAAAAAUAAGGCGCAUCCAGACGAGAGCUCCGCCACAGUGCGGGCUCGGUAUCCGCGCGUCUCUCGCCCCGCCGACCCGCAGCCGGAUUCCGCUCGCCCGCCAUCAGACCACUGCGAGGUGACCUCCUCCGUGGGUCCAUACCUCCCUUCCGUAGACAGCUCAGACUGGGCUAUCAAAUCGAACUGGGACGUAUCCAAAACGUACGAACAGGGGGACAUUUGGAACGAGUCUUGGGGCUCCAUGGGGAAUGGGGUCAUUGUGGACCCCAUAAAGACUUAUCACAUGGGCGUCGCUUUGGCCACGAAGCAAACUCCAUUUGCGUUACUCAAGCCUGACAAUGGAGCUCCUGUGCUGGUGAAGGUUAUUAAUACCAAUCUGCCUGGAGGAAAGCAGAUGCUGGUGCCGGCUACUGCUGAGGAUCUGAGGGUCGGGGGCAAGAUUGUGAUGAAGGAUGGCGAUGAUGAUUCUCAGAUUAGUAAACUUGAGCCCGGUGUGAAGUUGGACCAGGCUGUGCAGAUCCGCGUACCGGUGGUGGCGACGGUGGUGCCGCGGAUCAAGCCCGGUGGUCGGCUGCACCUCGCAGUCGAGGAGCCGCACCACGCGUACCACACCACGCUUACUGCUGAUGUAGGUGCUGUUCUGGCUGAUUCUUGCGUGGUGAAGGAAGAGGGCCGCGACUGCCCCGAUGUGUUAUCUCAUGCAGAUCUUCGCGUAAUGAACACCAACUCUAACUUCGAAGAUGGCGCGCUGAAAACGAGAUCUAGAAUAUCCUCGACGUGCACUUUGCCGCCGCCAGCCCCGUCGCCGCCCUUGGAUCUCAUCUCCAUAGAUCUGUUUGAACCGAUGGAAUGUCUGCCACUUGGUAUGAUUAUACCGACUACCUACUAUACUGCCGUACUAAGCUCAAAAGCGGUAUCUAAAAAAAACAAUAUCUUGAUUUUUAUGACGUUGAAUAGCUUAAAGAAAUAUCCAUCCAAUGAACUUAUCCAAAAUAACAUAUAGCUUUUACCUACACGUGGCUCCGCCCUCGUGGGAAAGUUAUUUAGUGUGAUAAAUAUUUCGCUCCUGCAAAACUACACUAUUUUCUUUACAUCCUUUUUUAUGAAGCCAUCAUAGUGAUUUUUCGCUAUAGGUUAUCAAACGUGCAAGUGGGUGAUUUUAUAGUGAUCUUCACCGUAAAUAAAUUUCUAAAUAUCACAUGCUAAAUCCUCCUUUUACAA